CGAAGGGGCGGUGUUCACCCGCCGCCUAGGCACAGGUUCUCGCGUGAGGGGAGCGACCAUGGCGGCGGACAAGGCGGGCGAUCAGGGAACUGAGAAACAUGAAGGAACAGUUACUUCCUCUGGGAUUACUGAUCAGGAAAAGGAGCUGUCAAGUAGUGCAUUACAAGCUUUUAAUGCUGGGAAUUAUGAUGCUUGUCUGCAACAUCUCAUCUGCUUGCAAGAAAUAAACAAAGAUGACUACAAAAUAACUUUGAAUACAGCUGUUGCAGAGUUCUGUAAAAGUAACCAGACUACAACAGACAACUUGAAACAAACACUUAAUCAACUGAAGAAUCAGGUUCAUUCAGCUGUUGAAGAAAUGGAUGGCUUAGACGAUGUUGAAAACAGCAUGCUUUACUACAAUCAGGCAGUUAUUCUGUAUCAUCUGCGUCAAUACACUGAAGCAAUAUCAGUUGGAGAGAAGCUUUACCAGUUUAUAGAACCUUUUGAAGAGAAGUUUGCCCAGGCUGUGUGCUUCCUGCUUGUAGACUUGUAUCUGCUAACUUACCAGGCUGAGAAAGCCUUGCAUCUGCUUUCUGUUUUGGAAAAAAUGAUUUUACAGGGAAACAAUAACAAAAAUGGAAAAAAUAACGAGAUAGGUAAUAACACAAAUAAGGAGUCAUCUAAUCAUAGAGCUGAAAGUGGAGCUUUGAUAGAAGCUGCAAAAUCUAAGAUACAUCAGUAUAAAGUGAGAGCCUAUAUCCAGAUGAAGUCUCUAAAAGCAUGCAAAAGGGAGAUUAAAUCCGUUAUGAAUACAGCUGGAAAUUCUGCUCCUUCUCUCUUUCUUAAGAGCAAUUUUGAAUAUUUGAGGGGCAAUUAUCGGAAAGCAGUAAAACUGUUAAACAGCUCAAACAUUGCUGAACAUCCAGGAUUCAUGAAAACAGGUGAAUGCUUAAGGUGCAUGUUUUGGAACAAUCUCGGCUGCAUUCAUUUUGCUAUGGGAAAGCACAAUUUAGGAAUUUUCUAUUUUAAAAAGGCCCUGCAGGAAAAUGAUAAUGCAUGUGCACAACUAGGAACGGGUAGCACAGACCCAGGCAAGAAAUUUUCAGGGAGACCUAUGUGUACGUUGUUGACUAAUAAACGGUAUGAGUUGCUAUACAACUGUGGAAUUCAACUUUUACAUAUUGGGAGGCCCCUAGCUGCUUUUGAAUGCUUGAUAGAAGCUGUCCAAGUCUACCACUCAAACCCACGCCUCUGGUUGAGACUAGCAGAAUGCUGCAUUGCUGCCAACAAGGGGACGUCAGAACAAGAAACUAAAGGUCUUCCAAGCAAAAAAGGAAUUGUGCAAUCUAUAGUAGGUCAAGGCUAUCACCGUAAAAUAGUCCUUGCAUCACAAUCAAUACAGAAUGUUGUUUAUAAUGAUGGGCAGUCCUCAGCUAUCCCUGUUGCCAGUAUGGAGUUUGCAGCGAUUUGUCUAAGAAAUGCCUUGCUGUUGCUGCCGGAAGAUCAGCAGGAGCCAAAGCAGGAAAAUGGAUCUAAAACUAAUAACCAGUUGGGGGGAAAUGCAGAGAACAAUGAAAGCAGUGAAGCAUGCAGCAGUAAAAGUCAUGAAGGAGAUAAAUUCAUUCCAGCUCCACCUUCUUCACCUCUGAGAAAACAGGAAUUAGAAAAUUUAAGGUGCUCAAUACUUGCCUGCAGUGCUUAUGUUGCUCUGGCUUUGGGUGAUAACCUUAUGGCUUUGAAUCAUGCAGAUAAACUUCUUCAGCAGCCAAAGCUGUCAGGAUCUCUUAAGUUUCUUGGCCAUUUGUAUGCAGCAGAGGCUCUCAUCUCUCUAGACAGAAUCUCUGAUGCCAUUACUCACUUGAACCCUGAGAACGUCACUGAUGUUUCCCUGGGGAUCUCUUCAAACGAGCAGGAUCAAGGGUCAGACAAAGGAGAAAAUGAGGUGAUGGAAUCUUCUGGCAAGCAGACACCCCAGUGUUAUCCCAGUUCAGUCACUUCUGCACGAACAAUGAUGUUGUUUAACCUUGGCAGUGCUUACUGCUUGCGAAGUGAAUAUGAUAAAGCUCGCAAGUGUCUCCACCAGGCUGCUUCACUGAUCCAUCCCAAAGAAAUUCCCCCAGAGGCCAUUCUACUGGCUGUGUAUCUUGAACUACAGAAUGGUAACACUCAACUGGCACUGCAGAUCAUCAAAAGAAACCAGCUUCUCCCUUCAGUGAAAACACACACUGAUAUGCGAAAGAAGCCAAUAUUUCAGCCAGUCCACCCUAUCCAGCCCAUUCAGAUGCCAGCUUUCACCACUGUUCAAAGGAAGUGAAGUCUUGCUAUAACCUGACAGGCCCUAUGGAGGAGGGCUUGUGAGUUUGUAUAUUUUUUAAACUGUCUCUAUUGGAAUGUGCUGGCUUGUGUAC